CCGCUGUCCUGGAUCCCACGCCCUAUUGUUGAUAUCCUUUGUUGACCACAAUCUCCUAUAACGUCCAUGAUGUCUAUUCGCCCCUCGAUGCCUUCUGGGCUCAAUCCGCAUCUAAAGGCGACAGUUGAUUCUGGCAACUUGCCACUCGUAAAGUACCAAAUAUUGAAUUGUCAAGGGCAAGACAUUCUCGUAGGUCGAAUGAAGAUAGAAACAUCGACACCGUCAGGGCACGCUUUCAUCCUUCGGCGAUAUGACACAGGCGCGAUUAGUUUGACCACCAUGUUUCGUGCUGCGUUCCCAACGGCUUCUGAGCAGGAAGAAAAAGAAGAGAUAGCGUGGGUUAAGGAUAACUUCGACCUCACAGGGAACAAUGGAUCAUCCCGGGACACGACAAUCACACGUCUAGCGGGUACUUGGGUUUCACCAGAUUUGGCUAUGUCUCUCGCAGAGUCCUACUCAUUAGGUGGACUCAUUAACGUUGUUGUCAAUGCUAGGCCGGAUCCUGGUGCCAACUACCGGCGAUCUGGCAAAGGCGCUGCCACUAAUACCUCCACCGUUCCUCGGGCCACUCCCGCCUCCCCCGCGGAAGCAUCAUCCAUUCGACUUUCUUCUAAGGCCCCUCCAUCUCCCGCUCCCGCCCCUAAUCCAGCAAAGCGCCGGAAAGAGUCAUCACCUCUUCCGGCCAAAUCCCAGGAGAAAGCGCCCACCCUCAGACGAUCUGCUCGCACUAAGAGUCCUGCACCCCAAGUCUCAGCUGUCCCGUCCAAGUCUCCUACAACGAAGACUCCUAGAAAGAGCACUCGACGAGAACUCGUUGAUACCCCGGGUGGAUCGGAACAGACUGUCGUGGACGAAGAGGGAGAUGCAGUUGAAGAUGUGAUGGGAUCUGAGCUUCAUCAACAGGAUGUUGCUGAGCAGAAGGCUUUGAUCGAAGGACUGAAGGCGCAACGGGAUGCGCUCAAGACGGAGACUGAAAACGAUAUGGAUGUUGAUGUCAAACCCAAGGGCAAGAGAGGUCGGGAGGAGGAGGAGACAUUGAAAUUCGAACCAAAAGAGCAAGAGACCGAGCCUCGGGUCUUCGCUACUAAUACUAGGGUCAGUCGAUGGAAGAUGGAACCCCAGACCAAAUCGAUGGCUUGGGGGGUAGCGGCAUUUUUGUUUGGCGCUGGUGCUGUAACGUUAUUGCCCAGUCUUUUUUGAUGAUUUAUGUUCGUCGUUUUGUUUCCUUCCUUCUGGUAUUCCUCAGGUUCAUAGUGUAUCGUUUACAUUGAUAUAUACACCCCGCAAUACCGCGGGUCCAUUUCCUUCUGGUUUAUU